CCUGCGGAGCCAGCCAAUCACAGCUCAGAGAACGGCCCGCCCCGACCAAUCAGCGCGCCCCGGGCUUGAGACGCGCCAAAUUCCUCCGCAUGGGCGGCCGAGCCGGGUGCAGCCGCCAUGUCGGACUGGGACGCGAGCAGCGAUGAGGAGCUGGGCACGCCAGACUGGCCGCGGGCCGCUGCUGCUGCCGGGACGCUGUGCUGGUCGCCCAGCACCCCUUCGUGGGGCCGCGCCUCCGUGGAGAGCGGCGGGCGAUGGGGAAAGGGCACGGGGAAUCCUGGAGGGGAAGGGUGGGAGCCGCGAGGCGCUGAAGGCUCCGGCGGCCCGAGGCGGGCGGCGCGGCAGCGGCCGCCCCGAGCUGCAGCCGGCCAGGCUCGGGACUCUGCGGCGCCGCUCUGCUUCCACCUGGAUAGCGCCCUCGUCGGGGCUCUCAUAGGUAGGGGUGGAACUAAAAUUAAAGAACUUGAGGAUUCUUCAGGUUCCAGGAUAAAGGUUACAAGAGGAACCUAUGAAUCUGAAGUAAAGAUUUUUGGCAGCAUUGAUGUACAAAACAAAGCCAAGAUGUUGAUUGACAAUCUUAUUACAAGUUCUGGACAAAACUAUGUUAGAGGUGGGACAGAGAAAGGAAAAACCUUGGACAUUAUCAAGCCUGAAAAUAACCCAAAGAAACCAGUAAUUAACUGGGCCUCUCUUCGAGAAAACAGGGCCAAAUAUGAAUCUAUGAAGUGGGCAGGCUUGCCUCCAAUUGAGAAAAACUUCUACAAAGAAUCAGCCAGGACUGCAUCUAUGUCACAAGAAGAAGUGGAACUGUGGCGGAAAGAAAAUAAUAAUAUAACUUGUGAUGACUUGAAAGAAGGUGAAAAGCGCUGCAUUCCCAAUCCUGUUUGUAAAUUUGAAGAUGUAUUUGAGCAUUAUCCUGAUAUUAUGGCCAAUAUAAGAAAAGUUGGUUUUCAGAAGCCUACACCAAUUCAGUCCCAGGCGUGGCCAAUUAUACUCCAAGGAAUUGAUCUUAUUGGUAUAGCGCAGACUGGAACUGGGAAGACAUUAGCAUACUUAAUGCCUGGAUUCAUUCACUUGACUUCACAGCCAACAUCCAAAGAUCAGCGUGGGGGGCCUGGAAUGUUGGUUCUUGCUCCCACCAGAGAACUAGCACUUCAAGUAGAGGCAGAGUGUUCAAAGUAUGCAUACAAAGGAAUUAAAAGUAUUUGCGUCUAUGGUGGUGGGGACCGAAAAGGACAGAUAGACAUGGUUACCAAAGGUGUGGAUAUUGUUAUUGCUACUCCUGGCAGACUGAAUGAUCUUCAGAUGAACAACUUCAUAAACUUGAAGAGCAUAACAUAUUUGGUUUUAGAUGAGGCUGACAGAAUGCUGGAUAUGGGAUUUGAACCUCAGAUAAUGAAGAUCCUAAUAGAUGUGCGUCCUGACAGACAAACUGUUAUGACAAGUGCUACUUGGCCUGAUGGUGUCCGUCGCCUAGCAAAAUCCUACUUGAAAAAUCCCAUGAUUGUGUAUGUUGGCACUCUUGACUUAGCAGCAGUAAGCACAGUACAACAAAAAGUUAUUGUUAUCCCCGAGGAAGAAAAGAGAGCUUUCAUGCAUAGCUUCAUUAAGUCUAUGAAGGCAAAAGAUAAGGUCAUCAUUUUUGUGGGCAAAAAGCUUACAGCUGAUGACUUGGCAAGUGACUUUGGCAUCCAAGGAAUUCCAGUACAGUCACUUCAUGGCAACAGGGAACAAUGUGAUCGAGAGCAGGCUUUGGAUGACUUCAAGAAAGGCAAAGUUCGAAUAUUGGUGGCUACUGACUUGGCAUCCCGUGGCCUCGAUGUGCACGACAUUACUCAUGUUUUCAACUUCGAUUUCCCUCGCAACAUUGAAGAGUAUGUUCACAGAGUAGGUCGUACUGGAAGAGCAGGGCGCUCUGGGGAAGCAGUAACACUUGUCACGGGCAAUGAUUGGAGGUUUGCGUCCGAGCUGAUUGACAUUCUGGAAAGAGCAAAUCAAGUAAGCAUACAGUACUGGGUAGUUCCUGAUGAGCUUAUUGCAAUGGCAGAAAGAUACAAACAAUCACAAAUGAGAAAAGAAAAUGAAAAGGAUAUACCAAGACCUUGGAGAAAGCCCUCAAAAUAAGUGUAGUCCCUUGAAGUUACUGAAACAGAGAAAGUGAUUUUAAUUAGUGUUAGCUUCCAUGAGCUUGAAUUUAUUAGUUUCAUUUUGUGUUUGAUUGUUUUCUGUACCUGUCCUAUUUAAACAAACUUCUCAAAAGCGUCUUAGAAAACUGGAGUAACUUUAU